AUGGAGGGAAAACACCACAGCUGCACAUCGUCCCAGCCGCACAGGGACACCUGCACUGCUCUGCCGCUCAACGCCACUCACUCACACCUUAGCCGCACCAUCACAGCGCCCCUCAGCCAGCAGUCGCGGCACGCAGUCACUUCCACGAGCGCAGCAGCACUGCCUACACAGCAGCAGAGAGAGAGAGAGGAGAGAGACAACGAUGCGGAACAGUGCACACACCGCAGGCACAGCAGCAGCAAGACUCCUCGACAUUCUUCCACUCUCAGAUGUUCAGAACAGACACCCCAACACCCCCGAAACAAAAGAAGAAUUAAAACAGUUCUUAUCUCUGAAAAGCACUCCACCGCAAAGCCCAAGUGGCGUCAGUGCUCCAUCCCGUCACUGCGAUGGCGCAGCGGAGAGGCAACAAUGAACAAAAACAACGGGGGUGAAUUCACCAUACGAGCCAUCCCCGCAGCAGCGGAAACUUCUUCACAGGCAUCUCAUUAA